CCGCCUUUCAACAACGAUGAGCUGCUUCUUCAACGGCUGCGAGAACCCGAUCGUUCCUGGUGCGGCUCAGUGUGUCUUCCACAAGAGCCGCCGCCCGUGCAUCGAGUCGGGCUGCCACAACCAAGUGUUUGCGCGCCAGCGCUGCGUGCGCCACGGCGGCAAGCGGCGCUGCUCGGUCCACGGCUGCGUCGCCAACGCGCGCCUCCACGGCGUCUGCUCGCGUCACGGCGCCGCCCGCGAAAAGCCUCGCUGCUCGGUCGACAACUGCGUCAGCGUCGCGCACCGCAACGGCAAGUGCAUCCGCCACGGCGGUGGCCGGCCCUGCGCCUUUGGCGACUGCACCACAAACGCCCGGAGCGGCGGCUUUUGCUGGCGCCACCGCCCGGCCGUGCCGUACGCCUUUCCCAACAUCAAGCUCGAGGCUGGGCUGAGCGAAAUCAAACAAGAGCUCCUCGAUGAAUCCAUUCUCGAUGCGGUGCUCACGCUCGCAGAGGCGGUCGACCCGUUCCCGUGGUUGCACGCCCAAUAAUGAUUAUAUAUCUCUCAAGUUACU